AUGUCCCUGUCGCGAUCACCCUCUCCCCACGCGGGCGGAGGGUGGUCCAGCCCGGGCCUCGGUCCGGGCAGCGGCACUUCUUCGCCUCGACCAGGCACAAUAUCACCCACCAGUGGCAUCUCGUGGGCAGCAGCCAGGGCCAAGAGUGAUGAGGUGCGUGGGUAUCCAUCUUUCUCGACGCGGAAUAGCGGCUUCUUUUGCCGUCAGAAGCAUAAUCUCACCACCCGCUUGCCCAUUCUCAGGCGACUUUCUUCACGCGACUAUGUCGACAAGGAUUCAUAUGAGAAGGAAUGGAGGCCAUAUGAUGGAGGUGGGCGCUCAUUCGGGAUAUCAUUGCGAAGAGGUCGCCUCAGAAUGAUCUUCGCGUUUUUCUUAAUUUGGAUCGGGUAUCUACUCUGCUGGUCAACAAUCGUCCAAACGUACCGUCGAUCACCAAUGGGCGGCGGCAAGAAAUUCGUCAUGAUUCUAGGAUCCAACGUCGAAGGAGGUGUGAUGGAGUUGAAGGGCGCACGCGAAUGGGCAAUCGAGCGCAACAGCAUCUGGAACAAGCAGAAGUACGCAAAGAAAUGGGGAUACGAACUGGAGCUCGCCAACCUCCUAGCCAAGAAACGUUAUUCGCAUGAAUGGCGCGAAAACUGGGAGAAGGGCGACGUGAUUCGCGAAGCGAUGCGCAAGUAUCCUGACGCGGAAUGGUUCUGGUGGCUUGACCUGAACACCUGGAUCAUGGAAUAUGAGACAUCUCUACAGAGCCAUAUCUUCGAUCACCUUAGCAGCAGUGUCUACCGCGACGUUGGCGCUUACAACCCCCUCAACAUCACACACCCACUGCCGGAAUUCUGGCUUGACGAGCUCAGUCGAGCCCCUGAAGGCGACGAUAACCCUAACUCACUGAACAUGCUCCUCUCGCAAGAUUGCGCUGGUUUCAAUCUCGGUUCCUUCUUCGUUCGCCGCUCUAUUUGGACUGAUCGCCUUCUCGAUGCCUGGUGGGAUCCAGUCAUGUAUGAGCAGAUGCAUAUGGACUGGGAACACAAGGAACAGGAUGCCCUUGAAUACGUCUAUCAGAGUCAGCCAUGGGUCCGCAGUAGCGUUGGAUUCCUACCCCAACGCAGCAUCAACGCUUUCCCUCCUGGCGCCUGUGGCGAUGAAGAAAAUCCAGUUGUGCAUUACCAGCAGAAUGCUCGUGACUUUGUUGUCAACAUGGCCGGCUGUAUGUUUGGUCGCGACUGCUGGAGUGAAGUUUAUUAUUAUCGUGAGCUCAGCAAAUGGCUGAAUCGGUCAUUCUGGAUGCGUCUCAAGGAUGACCUCGGUGAAGGAUAUGACAAUUUCUGGGGAAAGACGAAGAGAAAUUGA